AUGUAUUCUCACUUGACAUCUUCUGAAGAUUUAAAUUUCAAUCGGAAACAACAUGGCCAUAAGAAUAUGGUUGAUCUUCGGAAUGGAUUGGAAGAUUUUAAGCUAAACCAAUCUAUCCUAAAAAGUGAAAAUGUGCCAGAAUUCUUUAAAGUAUUAGAUGACAGUAUAACAAUGGAAUUACCCAUGCAAAGUGUGAGAUCAUCAGUCAUUGACGUGGAAUAUAAUGAAAUUAAUCAUGUUUGUACAUCGGAUAAAAAAAUAAUUGAAACUUUGUUGCAAAAAUAUAAAGCAUGUAAAACUCCAUCAGAAGAAGGUGUCGCUGUUUGGAUUGAGAUAUGGGUACAAGAAGUAAAUUCAGUAAACGAAAUAACGUCCGAUUUUGACAUGGAUAUCUAUGUAACUGAAUUAUGGGUUGAUAAAGCACUCAGAUACGACGACAUGAACCCAUGCAAAUAUAAUUUAUCAGUUAGCAAUGAAAUUUUAGAUCAAAUUUGGAAGCCUAAUACAGUGUUCAUUAAUAGUAAAUCAGCGAGCAUACACAAAUCACCUUUCACCAAUCUUUUCCUUAUGAUUUAUCCGAAUGGUACUGUGUGGGCUAAUUACAGAGUACAGGUAAAAGGUCCAUGUGAAAUGGAUUUUACUUCAUUUCCAAUGGAUGAACAGAAAUGCUUACUAACAUUUGAAAGCUUCAGUUACAACAAUCAGGAAGUUGACAUGAGGUGGAUCAAUACGAAAGAGCCAUUAAUAUUGCUGAAAGAUGAAAUAAUUUUACCUGAUUUUGUACUUAGCAGUUAUAACACAUCUAUGGAACUUGUGACAUAUCCUGCUGGUAUUUGGAAUGAGCUAACGAUGACAUUUACGUUUACCAGACGUUAUGGAUGGUAUAUAUUUCAAGCGUACGUUCCAACCUAUCUUACCAUUUUCAUCAGUUGGAUCAGUUUUUGUCUCAGUAUCAAAAUGAUCCCAGCACGUACAAUGCUUGGGGUCAAUUCACUUCUUGCUCUUACAUUUCACUUUGGUAACAUCAUGCGAAAUUUGCCUCGUGUCAGUUAUGUUAAAGCGUUCGAUGUUUGGAUGCUAUCGUGCCUUUCAUUUGUAUUUUGCUCACUUCUUGAAUUGGCUAUUAUCAGUUUAGUUAGUGCUCGUGGUGAAACAGUUGCUGUAAAGAAACCUCUGAAGAGACGUAGUCGAUCAUCCUUGACAUACGCUAAUCGGAAAGAAUCACCGAUCACAAAUCAUAAGAAAAUUGAUAACAUCAUUACGAGAAGUACCAGCUCAAUUCGCUCAAAUCAGAAAGAGGCAAUACUUCUGGAUCCGAAUGAUACUUCUAAAAAUCGACUACGGAAAGCACGCUUACCGUUCCAGAAAUACACAAGUCAUUGGACCGCUGACCGCAUAGACCGUAUUUCCAUAAUGUUAUUUCCGAGUUUAUUUACCAUUUUUAAUAUAAUUUAUUGGGGUUAUUAUCUUCCACGACGUAGGUGA